AAAAAAAAGUCAGGGCGAGACUGGGAAGGGGAAGGAAGGGCCUCAGAGGAGCCUCCCAGGACGUGGCCAGACCCACCUGCCUGGAGCUGGCAAUGAGCAGAUAGAAGAGCCAAGGCUGGGGCGACCAUUUCGCCGGCUGAGGAGCAAGAAAGCCCCUCGACAGCAGGCCACAAAAGCCACAAGACCCAUUUUGACACAAACACUAAACUACCCCGGCCUCUCGGGUAUCCACCAGCGUCAACGCGACAGCACUUCCGGGAGCAUCUCGGCGCAGACGGACGCAGAUAUUUGACGUCACUUCCGCCGCUCCUCAUUCCGGAAGUGGCUUUACUGUCGUAGCGUCUGGAGUUAGAUGUUGUUAUUCCGGUGUUGCGGGCUCUGUGGGGGCAUUUAGGAUCGCUAGAUCUUCCCGUGGCAGGAUUUAUUUUAUUUCUUUUUGCAAGCUAGUUAUUUGAGGUUCUGGUCGAGUUCUUUUUAAAUUCGACGGUGGCCGAGGAGGUCCCUGCGGGACGGAAGUGCCCAGCGGGUGGGUGUGUGCGCCGAACCCCGGCCCGGGCUGCACGUGGCGCCGGCAGGAGAGAUGUCUUUUCGAGGCGGGGGUCGUGGAGGCUUUAAUCGCGGCGGUGGAGGCGGCGGCUUCCAUCGUGGCGGUGGUAGCAACAACCACUUCCGAGGUGGAGGCGGCGGCGGCAAUUUCAGAGGCGGCGGUGGCGGCCGAUUUGGACGAGGCGGAUUUGGACCAGGCGGUGGCCGCGGUGGCUUUAAUAAAGGCCAAGAUCAAGGACCUCCGGAUCACGUUGUCCUACUAGGAGAAUUCCUGCAUCCUUGUGAAGAUGACAUCGUUUGUAAAUGUACCACAGAAGAAAAUAAAGUUCCCUAUUUCAAUGCUCCUGUUUAUUUAGAAAACAAAGAACAAAUUGGGAAAGUGGAUGAAAUAUUUGGACAACUUAGAGAUUUUUACUUUUCAGUUAAAUUGUCAGAAAAUAUGAAGGCAGGUUCCUUUAAAAAACUACAGAAGUUUUACAUAGACCCAUACAAGCUGUUGCCACUGCAGAGGUUUUUACCUCGGCCUCCUGGUGAGAAAGGACCUCCAAGAGGCGGAGGCAGGGGAGGUAGAGGAGGAGGAGGAGGAAGAGGAGGAGGCAGAGGUGGUGGCAGAGGUGGUGGUUUCAGAGGGGGGAGAGGAGGUGGAGGCUUCAGAGGAGGAAGAGGGGGAGGUGGCUUCCGAGGGAGAGGACAUUAGAUGUAGUCAGACUUGGCCAGAUGAGUUCCGUGAUGACUGUGUGGCCUGCUUCUCCUGUGGACGAAGAACUUGUGUCUUGAGAUAUGUUGGAGAUAGCGGUCUGUGACAGUGGGAUUGGAGGGGGCAUCGUGUAAAAUCGGGCCAUUGGAACCAUCCGUUCUCUAAAAGAGCACGAGCAGGUCUUACAUGUGGUACAAUGCCCUGCACUCUGUGGGUGCUCAAUAAGUGGACAAGAAUUUUCAUUUGAACCAUAUUUUGAAUUUUUUAAAUAAAACAUUUUAUCCCUUUAAGUUGUUUACAGUGUGUUUAUUUAACCAGACUUAUCUUUGGAA